CGUCGGAAGCGGAUGGAGUCCUUGUUUGGCCGAGGGAGCUCGCUCGAGUGAUUGGACUGGCCCUCCGAAGCUCGGGACUGGACGUCGUCGGAUGUGCGUCUUGCGAAUACAACGCAGAAUGUGGCGGCAAGGGGAGAGACGCGGCGUGAGUAGAGGAGUAAGGAGAAGAAAUCGAUGGUCAGCGGACCAGGCAAGCAUGUUAGUAGGGCAGAGGAUGAAGAGAGGAGAGAAUGAAGGAGGAAGGAGGUCAAGAAGGAGGGACGGUACAACUGUCUUUGCAGCCUUGGUCACAUCGCCCAGCUCGACUUCCGUGGCAAGUCCAUCCCGCCCGGCAUCCUACUAGUCAGAUUACUCUCGCUCCUCUGACCAGCACCCUCACACGUCUCUCAUUACCAGAUAUGUCACAGCAAGAUGAAGA